UUAUUGCCUAGAGGGCAUCGCGAGCGCCUUCGGUCACCUAUGGCCGAGCUACUCAGCGAGGAAGGGUACCGGACCCUUCGACCCGGCGCGUCGAAAUUCGCCCUGCUGCCCGAACAAGUCCAGGAGUGGCCAGACUUUGCGAAAGAGAUCAAAGCCCUUGUCGCGCCCUACUGCGGCAAGUUCGAGCCCUUCGUCCCUGUGGUUCCCCGAGAGGUCUUUGCAGUGGCGAAUGAGUUGGGGUUGCAGGGCCGCCUCGUCCAGAAUGCCCUGCACCCGGUCGGCGAAGUGGCCGACCUACUUAAGCUUGGGGUUCGCUUUGGGGACGCCCAGUCCGGUGUCAAUCGGCUCCUCCUGGAAGUCAAGAAACAGGAGAAACGCGAAGUCAAAGCAGAUCUGAAGCGGAAGAUAGGAGACCAGCAGGCCGGGGGAAAGCUCGUUCCCGACGUGGUGAUGGCAGACACCAAGACCCAUGCCAUCCGGGGCGUGGGUGAGGUCAAGACACUGUGGAAAUUCGAGCCCCGGAAGAAGCAAAGCUGGGAACAGUUUCUAGCCGAGAAACUCGGCCAACCCGCCAGGUACAUGGACGACCACUGCGUGCGGUAUGGAUUCCUCACCAUCUACGACAGGACAUGGUUUGUGAAGCGGGUCAACGACAACGAGUUCGCCAUCUCGCCCCCCAUUCAGGAGACCCGUGGGUGA